AUGGCAGAACAUGACAAGUGGGAUGAUAUAUUUACAAGAAUUGCUGUCCCAGAACAGUUUGACGAGACUAAAUCUCGUAUAAAUUCAUUUAUCGACUCACAUAAAGCAUUGGGUAAAGACGUAGUUCUUGUAACGUCUGGGGGAACCACAGUUCCAUUAGAAAGCCGAACUGUUCGUUUCAUCGAUAACUUCAGUGUGGGAACAAGAGGCUCUUCAUCGGCAGAAUAUUUCCUACAGCAUGGCUAUGCUGUUCUGUUUCUACACCGAUCUCGUUCUCUAAAGCCUUUCUCUCGUCACUUCUCCCGACUGUCUGUCCUGGACUUGAUUGAGAUUAGCUGUACACAUGCUGAUCUGGAGACAUUAACAGUAAAAGACUGUUAUCGAGCAAAGAUCAAGAAGCAGCUGAGCCUGUAUGAGAGUGUUAGACAAUCAGGCAGUCUUCUCUGUGUGGAGUUCACCUCAUUGGCAGAUUACCUGUAUCUGCUCAGGGCCAGUUGCCAGGCUUUACAUUCCAUAGGACCAAAAGCUGUGCUCUACCUGGCAGCUGCUGUCUCAGACUUCUACAUUCCCAAAAAUGAAAUGCCAGAGCAUAAAAUACAGUCCUCUGAUGGAGCCCUCCAACUGUCUCUACAGUUAGUCCCCAAAAUGUUGAAGCCACUGGUGAAAGACUGGGUUCCCAGUGCAUUUGUUGUUUCAUUUAAGCUUGAAACAGAUGAACAAAUUCUUGUGAAAAAAUCAAAGGACUCCUUGACAAAAUAUCAACAUCAGCUUGUGAUUGCCAAUGUUCUGGAUACAAGAAAACAGAAAGUCUUAUUUGUGAGCAGACUAAGUGAAGAAUUUGUAAGCAUAUCUAGUGAAGAAAUGGCAGCCGGCAUUGAGAUUGAGUCUAAGAUCAUACCUGCUGUGAAGCAAAGACAUCAUGAAUUCUUGAAUCAGAGACAGAGUUAACUGAUUCUUUUAUCAAAAUGUGAAAAUGUGCCAUAUGGAGGUGGUGUGGAUUAUAUAUAAGAAUAUAGAUAGGUUUUUAGCCAGUUUAUAUUUUGAAUUUUUUACAUUUUUUUAAAGUUGUAUUAUUAUUUUAGUAUUUUUAAGCAAACUUUUAAAUCUAUUACGUUAUUCCUGAAUACUCAUGACUGGAAUUAGAUUGUGACAGCAUACAUAAGAUGGCCAUCAAUUAUGAUAUGGGUUAUUCCCAUUUGUGGUCAGGGAAUUUAAAGAUUCCCCUACUUCCACUGUUUUCAGGGACUUGGACUGCAAGCAGUGUGCAAUAAUCACACAGAAACGCACCAUUUACUACUAUAUGACACAUGUCACUUGUGAAAAAAUUGCCAAAAACUUGCCAAAGUUAAGUGGUUUAACCUGGACACUGGAUUCCUCCACCUAUAA